AUGUCAGGAAAACUGCCUCUCGUCUUCCCUGCGGCAUCCCGCCACACGGCUACUGUUAUCUUUGUGCAUGGCCUGGGUGACACUGGUCAUGGCUGGGCAAGUGCUGUUGAGAACUGGCGCCGACGAGAGAAGCUCAAUGAAGUCAAGUUCAUUCUGCCUCAUGCUCCUGAAAUCCCCAUCACUGUGAACAUGGGAAUGAGAAUGCCUGGAUGGUUUGACGUUAAACAACUCGGCGGAGAUGUUGAUAGCUUGGUCCGCAAUGAGGAUACAGAGGGUAUUAAGCGAAGUCAAAAGUACUUCCAUGAUCUCAUCCAAGAGGAGGUCAACUCUGGCAUCCCCCCUGAGCGUAUUGUCCUUGGAGGUUUCUCCCAGGGAGGCGCCAUGUCACUCCUUGCUGGUCUUACCUGCACAAGCAAGCUGGGCGGUAUCGUCGGCCUUUCAUCAUGGCUUCUCCUGUCCAAAACCUUUGCCGACCUUGUCAAGCCCACGGAUGCCAACCGCCAGACUCCUGUGAUGAUGUUCCAUGGCGAUGCUGACCCUAUCGUUCCUUUCCAGCGUGGAAAGCUGAGUGCCGACAUGCUCAAGGAGCUUGGCUACGAUGUGUCAUUCAAGACUUACCCUGGUAUGGGUCACUCUGCUUGCCUGGAGGAGCUUGACGAGGUUGAGGCGUUUCUGAGAAAGCAAUUGCCUCCCAAGAACUAA